ACUUUACACAUUCAUUAAACAGAGAAAGAAAUAAACACACACAAAAUACAAAUUCCGCCGUCCACCGUUGCAUGGCCAACAAGGUUGUUUGUCCGAAACUACUCAAGAACCUCGGAUUUCAUGUCCGCCGUUUAAACUCAGCUCCGUCUCCCCUUUCCGCCGUCCCGCCUUUAAGUUUCACCGGCGAUUUUAACGCCACCACCGUCACGACACCAAAUCUGGUGGAUACCGUACCACAGAUUAAUACAGUCCCUGACAAGAAUAACAUUAUCAAUUUUGACGAUGUUAAGGAGCUGUUCUACGGCGUUCCUACCUCAAAGUUGAUAAGAUCAACGCUGACGCUACAGAUGGCAGCGAUUGAUCCAAUGGUUGAUAUGGGGAUGUGGGUAAUGAAUUCUAAGCUCAUGGAAAUGCCUAUUUUUAGGGAGGUAAUGCUGGGAUUUGUUAAGAAUACAUUUUAUGAACAUUUUUGUGCUGGAAAAGACUUAACGGAAGUCCGUAGGACCGUUAGCAAACUAUCGGACGGCGGCUUAAAAGCCAUGCUUGAUUAUGGGGUGGAACAUGCCACCAAUAAUGAGUCUUGUGAACAGAGUAUGAAAGCCUUUAUUCAGACAAUUGAAUCAACCAAAUCACUACCACAAUCUUCGACUAGCUUUGUGGUGGUGAAGAUAACUGCAAUUUGUACACCUCGGCUGCUCAAAAGAAUGAGUGAUUUGCUGAGAUGGGAACACAAAGAUCCUUCAUUCAAUCUUCCAUGGAAGCAAAAGACACUUCCACUUUUCGCCGAAUCAAGCCCUCUUUAUCACACUUCGAAAAAACCAGAGCCUCUAACGGUAGAGGAAGAGCGUGAUCUACAAUUAGCUCAUGAAAGACUAACGAAAAUUUGCGAGAAAUGUUUGGAACACGAUGUUCCUUUACUCAUUGAUGCCGAGGAUACAACUAUUCAACCUGGAAUUGAUUACAUGGCUUAUUCUGCAGCAAUUAAGUACCACAAAGACGACGGCCCGUUGAUUUUCGGAACAAUUCAAGCUUACUUGAAAGAUGCGAAAGAAAGAAUGGCGAUAGCGAAAAAAGCUGCAGAGAAAAUGGGAGUUCCAAUGGGAUUUAAGUUGGUGAGAGGUGCUUAUAUGUGUAGUGAAAGAGAGUUGGCUUCUCGAUUAGGAUUCCAAUCUCCUAUUCAUGAUAGCAUUGAACAAACACAUGCUUGCUUCAAUUCUUGUGCUGAGUUUAUGAUCGAAGAGAUUGCUAAUGGCUCUGGAGCAGUUGUUCUUGCUACUCAUAACAUUGAGUCAGGAAAGCUUGCUGCAACUAAAGCAAUAGAUAUGGGAAUCAAGGAUAGUCAAAAGCUCCAAUUUGCUCAGCUAUAUGGUAUGGCAGAGGGACUUACUUUUGGGCUGAGAAAUGCAGGAUUUCAAGUGAGCAAGUAUUUGCCAUUUGGACCUGUUGACCAGAUUAUGCACUACCUUAUGAGGAGAGCUGAAGAAAACAGAGGCAUGUUAUCUACAUCGGCAUUCGACAGGCAACUCAUGAGGAAGGAGUUGAGCAGGAGACUUAAAGUCGCAACUUCUUGACUUCUGAUUGACAAUGGAAGACUAUAUUAGUAGUAAGAAUAAGCGAGGAACCAUCACCCAACUACUGUAAAUAAUUCAAUGGCGUGGCAGAAAUGAUCUUGAUCAGGCAAACCAAGUGGUUAAAAUGCACAAGGAGCAUACUCGGGGAAUAUCUUCUUGUGUUAUUUUAUGAAAAUAAGCUAUGUGCGUAGCCUCUUAAGUAAUCUUAGAGUUGGUAUCCUCACUGAUCAGAAAAUGGUCCUCUUGUAGUAUCUUUCUCCAUCUGUUGUAGCACCUUUGUUAUAUUUGGUUUCCUAUUAGAUAUGGAAGAAAGGUACCCAAAGUGGAGACGAAUUGUUGAAUAAUUAAAAGUGUUUAUUUCUUUCUCCCUCAUGA